UGGGUAGCAAACGUCCAACGCACCGGUGAUGAAAAGGAAACUGUCUCGGUUUACAGAGAAAUGCCAUGACCUGUAUUGUGGAUGUUCCAGUGGAGUUUUUUUUCUCUAUUGAACUGCAGCUGUUUUGUUGAUAAAAGUGGUGUCAUCUCAGUGAGUGCUUAGCUAACCUGAACUAGUUUUACAUAAUGGCGGAACACGACUCGGAGGAUAUACGCCCCUCGUCUCUUCCUCCGCUCCCCCCACCUCUUCCACCCUUAAUACCCAUGAAUACCCCAUCUGAACCCCAUGAUGAAGAGUCCGACCGACAGUUGAAGGUGAAGAUGGAUUUAAGCUGUGUAAUAGGGUCCAAGCGGUAUCAGAAAGAGAUGCAGUUCCGUAUGGUUGGGGCCAUCGAGAAACAGGACCUUGGGAAGAUCCGGCAUCUCAUCAAGUCCGGUGUCAACAUUGACUGUGUUAUCCUCUACGCUAAAACCCCCCUCAUCCACGCCGUGGAACAGGGCUAUGACGAUGUGGCCGAACUGCUGGUUGAUGCUGGCGCCAACCUGGAGAAGUCAGAAACCAUUGCCUGGCAACGCAGACCUCUGCACAUGGCGGUCGUGAAGAACUCCCUGAGAAUGGUGGAAGCACUUCUGAGAAGUGGAGCCCAGGUUGAUGGACAGGAUGGCUGUGGUAUGACGCCCCUUCACCACGCCUGUCACCUUGGUUUCAGAGCCAUCGUUAACGUCCUAAUCCACUACCGUGCCUCAAUGAACCUUGGAGAUUACGUGGAACGAGAUGCUCUACACAGGGCGAUAGAAGGCAAGCAUCUGGACAUUGCGGAGCUCCUCCUCAAUUACGGAAUCUCAUUAUCCGGUGCGGAUAGGUACGGGUGGACGCCGUUAUUUGCUUGCGUGAUGGGUAACGAUCUUGAAGGUACCCGAUUCCUUUUGCAUCGGGGUGCUGACGUCAAUUAUAAGGAUCACAAGGGGGACACCCCGUUGCAUGUUGCCUGUGACAGAUUGUCCAGGUCCAACAUACGGACCAUGCUGUGCACCUCGGUGGACUUCUAUAGACGGAUGAGGCGGAUACCCACGUCGGACAUCCAACAGCUUCUCCAGGGAGAGAACAAGGCUCACUUUGAGAUGAUCGACUUGCUGGUAAACACAGGGGCUGACAUUAACGCCGUUAACGACUUCCAGACCCGCCCUGUCCACAUGACGCGAGAUCCAGUGGUGUUGAAGUACCUUAUUCUGUGUGGCGCGCACAUUGACUAUGAUAUGGUGUUGCUGACCCAUCUGUUCGGAGGGGAAGCCGACUGCCCCAGCUGGCUUGAGGCGGAGUUUGCCAUGCAGACGACACUUCAGAGAAUAUGCCGCAGAGUCAUUCGGUGUCAUCUGCACCACACGCGAAACAUAAGUGAAGCAGUGAAAUGCCUCCCCUUGCCCAGGAAGUUCAUUGAUUACUUGAAUGUUGUGGAAUUUGAACAUCGGGUAUGAUAUUCGUGUUUCCUCUACACGUGCUAAUGGUUGGCGGACUUGUCAUUGUUUCGCUUGCCCAUUUUGCCUGUGCCUUUACAUGGAUGAAAGUAAAAAUGUUGUGUGUGUUUCUA